AUGGAAGGCAUCACAGUGAGCGUCUACAAGAGCUUCAAGGAUUUCCAAAAGAGGAGACGCUACCGCAAGCUCCAUGGGUCGGGUCGCAGAUCAAAGUCUGAGCAACUCGGGUCACGGCGUGGGACCCGAUUCUGGGGAUGGCGGGUCAAGGUUGCGCCCAAGAUCCGAAUCCGAAGAGUCCCUUCGCCAAAGAAGAUGUUGCUGUGGCUGAGGGAUGCUUAUGUCAGGAUGAUGCUCGGCUUCGCCAACUCCCGUGUCAUGACCAUGAAUGCCUCCGCUACGGGCUUCGGUGGGCCGUACUCUGUAGCUAUUGGUGGGCUUGGGCCGGCCCAGCCCAAAGAGUACGACGAGAAGGUGAUAGUUCAGAUCUACAAGUCACUAGUCGCUGCUGGAAACUCCGCCAGUGUAUGCAAUCUUGGCGUCUAG